UUGUCAGAUAUUGUGAGUAUGACUCUUUGUCUCUUGCGCACACCACCUUGAGAGAGUUCGUGUUACGAUAACCUGUGAAUAAAAAAUAAGUAUUUUGCAUCUGUACAUCAAAUCUUACGAUCUUUUAAGUAAAUGAAAGUCAAGCAAUGAAGAUUCACGAUGGUUUGCUUCUAAUUGUAGCCAUUGUUAUAUUGUCAAGUUUAGCGUCAAACGAAGCGCGGAGGUUAUCCAAGAGAGUGACUUGCCAUUCCACCUUAAACACUGCAGAUGCAACAUGUGAAACAGAGUUUGCAUGUUUCACUUACGUAAUGUCUAUAAGGAAAAAACAGUAUCAUGGUUGUAUUGAUUCAGAUCUAUAUCGUCUGUUCAUGUGUAAUGUCACACCAACUUCUACAUUUGUGUCCAAAUGCUGCCAUGAAGACAUGUGUAACAAAAAUUUAACACUAUCAUUGCCUACAUCAGAUAGUUCACCCAGAGAUGAUAUUGAUAACAAGGAGAAAGUGAUUUAUGUUGGUUAUGGUCGCACAGUCAUUAUUGCUUUGUGUAUAUCUGCACCUGUGUGUCUUAUUACACUUACGAUAAUGUUGUAUAUUUAUCUGAGAGAUCGUCGCCUCUCAAUUUUACAUAAAAGCCUCAUUGAAAGUGAUCCUGAGUUUGUUGUUGGCAAAUUGCCUGAGUCCAGUCGUCUUAUGGAUGCAAACAUCCCACAAUCUUUAAAAGACGUAGCCAGAUUAGAACAAACCUACUCAGGCAGUGGUUCUGGACUUCCUUUGCUCAUUCAACGAACCAUCGCUAGACAAGUUAUUUUGCAUGAUUGCAUUGGGAAAGGUCGUUAUGGAGAGGUUUAUCGUGGAACAUGGCGCGGCGAAGAUGUUGCUGUGAAGAUCUUCUCAACUCGUGAUGAAUGUUCGUGGCGCCGUGAGACGGAGAUGUACCAGACGGUUAUGUUGAGACACGAGCAUAUAUUAGGCUUCAUCGCAGCAGAUAACAAAGAUAAUGGUACAUGGACACAGUUGUGGUUGGUUACCGACUUUCACAAGAAAGGUUCACUGUGUGACUACCUUACCAGCGUACCAGAACUUAGUAUUGAUGGUAUGUUGGAUAUGGUGAUAUCGAUUGCCUCGGGCCUCACGCAUCUUCACAUGGAAGUCCAUGGAACACGAGGAAAACCUGCUAUCGCGCAUCGUGAUCUAAAGAGUAGAAACAUUUUAGUGAAAAAUAAUGGUACAUGUUGCAUUGCCGAUCUUGGUCUCGCUGUAUGCUACGACGCUUGCAACGACUCGUUUGAUUUGCCAUCGGGCAGUCGCGUUGGUACCAAGCGUUAUAUGGCUCCCGAGCUUCUGGACAACACUGAACCCAAAACGUUCCAUGAGUAUAAGAAGAUUGACAUCUAUGCCAUGGGUUUGGUAUUGUGGGAAAUUGCUAGACGUUGCGCGUUUGCAGGACAUCCAAGUGAAGAUUACCAAUUGCCCUACUUUGAGAAAGUGCAAGCUGAUCCAAGUAUAGAAGAAAUGAAGGAAACUGUCUGUGUUGAGAAAUUUCGACCAACCAUUUCAAAAACAUGGGAUACAAAUGAGAUCAUGAAAAGUAUGGGUAAAAUAAUUCAAGAAUGUUGGUAUGAAAGCAGUGCAGCUCGUUUACCAGCUUUGCGCGUCAAGAAAUCCCUUAUUGCAUUGAAACGUAAUGAUCCAGUUGAUGUGUAGGUGUAGGUGUAGUUAGCAAAACCAUAGAAUUGUAGCUGUAGGAAAUUUUAUUUGUAGAGCUGUUUAUAGAAGAAUGAACAAAACACUAUUUGACAAAAAGAGCAAGUUCAGACUAUCAAAGCAUCCACACUCUCAGUGGUUCACUUGUACAACACAACAAGCAAUGAAUAGUUAGAAAUGGCUUUUGCACUUCUCUUUUGACAGAUGUGGUUUAAAAAUUUUUAUCGUGUAAAUAACAUAAAUUUAGUUGUUUAGGUUGCCAAUAAAUAUUUAUUGCAACAAA